AUGUCCAAGUCCUGGGGCAGUGUGAAAGACCUCCUGGAUGUCAUCAGUGGGGCAUCCCUGGAGGUGUGUGACUUGCUGGUGCUGGAGUGUGUUCUGUAUUGAUGUUCAUUGGGUGUGGUGAGCAGUAUCUGGACAGCAGGCAUCCCAGAGUGUGGAGCUGAUGCCCUUCGGUCCACCCUGUGCUCCACCAGCUUCAAGAGUCAUUGUGGCAUAGAUAGAUGUGGGUGACUGUGGUGCUUUGAGUCUUGUGUGGAGUUACAAGGUUGGUGUAUGGAUGGGUAAAUGAAGUAGAGAUAAGAUUGUAGUGAGUGCUUUUGUAAGGCUGGGUAGGAGUGCUUCUCGUCUCCAUCAAGGGCUGAGGUGUUGAGUGCUGAGUGAAUGAGGGUGAAAAUUGUGUGUUUUGGUUUUGGUAUAUUUAGGAGAUAAGAUUUUAAUUAGUGGUUUUGUAAGGUUCGGUAGGAGUGCUUCUCGUCUCCAUCGAGGGCUAAGGUGUUGCGUGCUGAGUGAAUGAGGGUGAAAAUUGUGUGUUUUUGUUUUGGUAUAUUUAGGAGAUAAGAUUUUAGUGAGUGAUUUUGUAAGAUUAGGGUAGGAGUGCUUCUCGUCUCCAUCAAGGGCUAAGGUGUUGCGUGCUGAGUGAAUGAGGGUGAAAAUUGUGUGUUUUGGUAUAUGUAGGAGAUAAGAUUUUAAUUAGUGGUUUUGUAAGGUUCGGUAGGAGUGCUUCUCGUCUCCAUCAAGGGCUAAGGUGUUGCAUGUUGAGUGAGUGUUUAAAUAUAUUUGUAGGAGAUAAUAUUUUAGUGGUUCUUUUCCCCAACAAGGGUUAACGCAUUGAAAGAUUGUUGUGGGUGAGAGUAACAGUGAAAGUUGUGUGCCUUGUCUUGGUAUAUGUAAGAGAUAAGCUUAUAAUAAGUGUAUUUGUAAGGUUAAGUGCUUCUCUUCCCCAACAAAGGUUAAGGUGUUGAAAGAGUGUUGUGAGUGAGUGUGAGGUGAGUGUGAAAGCUGUGUGCCUUGCCUUGCUAUGCGUUUGUACAUCUCUCAUAACACUUCCCUGCCAGACCACCUGUGUGUGUGUGUGUGUGUGUGUGUGUGUGUGUGUAUUAUGUAUAAAAUGUAAAUAAAUAACUACAUUUCUCGACUGAUGGGAGAAACACGCUUUUAAAAGGCUCUAUUCAAAGUGGCACAGGUUUUUAAGGAUGUUUUUUAUGGUUUUAGUGACAAAUUAACAACAUUCCUACAUUACUGUCAGGAGAAACACUCACGAAAACCUCUGCUAAUCAUCUUUGUGGCCUUUGGAAUCAAUCGUGAGAGAGAGAGAGAGACAGAGAGAGAGCUAAACCAAUUCAACUUGAUAUGAGAGAAAAUCUAAUUUCACUUCACAACCAUUUAACUGACGUCACAAGGUAGACAACGAGACGCUCACGCCACCAGCUCCACAUCAGUUCACAGCUGGCCUCCACGCAGUCCAGACCUCUCCUGCUCCAGUUAGUUUUUCACCUUUCACCGACUUUUUCCACGUAGCCUGACCGAUGUCGGACCAGAACGAGGCUCACGGAACGCCAAGGCGUUCGUCAUCGUCGUCCUCUGAGAAGAAGAGACGUGAGAAAGACUCUGUGCCUUUACCGGCCAGUAAAAGGAGGGCCACCCAGGACAUGGGAGUGAAGGACGGCCCGAGUCAACCACGGCCCGAGUGUGGUUCACCACCAGCUGUGGCCGGCCCAAGUCACGCCAACACAACAACCGAGUGCUCGUCUGGCGGUGAAACUAUCAACCGGCUAUCUGCAUUGUUGAGUGAUUUAAUUGAAAAACUCGACAAUAACCCAGUACGGGAAGAUGAGCCUUACAAUAACUGUGAAAAUAUUCGUGGCCUUCAUGACAUUUCCUCGUCUGAGGAAGACGCCACAGUAAAUUCAGUGGGUUUGCUUGACCCUUUGGAUGAACUGGACACGUUCCACUCCAUGCCUGCGUCCCAAGACUGUGAUGAGGUUGAUUUUCUUAAGGCAUUAGGGGAAUUCUCAGGUCUUUUCCAUAGUGAGGAACAGAAAGGAGAGCCCCUCUCCGAGCGUUUGGCUUCCAUCCUGAACUUGAGUUUGAGACGUCGACCGUCCGCUGAAGGUAUAAAAUCUACUUGUGAAAAAAUCAAGCUCCCAGGCAAUGUGCCAAACCUAAAAGUUCCGGUGACCAACGCUGCUGUUUCCAAAACGAUGAGUUUUGGUGGAAAAUUGAUUGACGCCAAGCUUACUCAAACUAAUGGCCUGAUCUCAAAAGCUUUAGUUCCUAUUGCACUGUGCAUAAGCGAUAUCGGGGAAAAGAAAGGAAAAAAUAUAAAUUCAUACUUAGAUGGACUAAACAUGAGUCUUAGGCUGCUUUCCUCUGUUAUUAAUUACAUUAAUCAACUACGGAAAGAAGUUGCACGGCUCCAUCUUCACGACUCUGCCUUGGCCGAGCUUUGCAAGUGGGAGUAUGAGGUUGGACAAGAUGCUCUUUUUCCGUUUGAUGUGACUAAGAAAUGCGAGGAAAUACAUAAAACAAAGAAACUGGGAAGGCCUACAUACCGUCCUUACAAGUCUUCUUGGAGGAAGUAUGCUUCAAACAAGCAAACUGGGCGGCCCUAUCAGGUUUCCUCGCAUUCUCGGCUACAUAACCAGCCAAGGCCUUUUUUAGGCCAGAAGCAUCCCCAGGGGAGAGGGAUGCAUUUACCAAAACUCCACCAAUAAGCCACCCCAGGGUGAGUACUGUUGUACCCCCAAUGAUUAAUACUCCAGAUAAUUUUAAGGGAGGUAAAAUUUUUUAUGCCAGUUCAGUAUGGGGAUCACUCACAAAGGACAUUUUUAUUCACAAUGUGGUACAUGGUAAAUUUCUGGAUUUUGCCAGUCUACCCAGCCAGAAUAAUCCACCUAGCCCUUUGAAAUUGUCAACGGCUGAUAGCCAUGCCCUUUAUAUUGCUCUUUCAUUGUUCCUUAAACAACAAAUAAUUGAACGAUGUGAGCCAGAGAAGCAUGGGUUCUUUUCUAAUGUGUUCCCUAUUACUAAAAUUGACGGUACUACUAGAGUCAUCCUCAAUCUCAAGGAACUUAAUAAUCAUAUUACUCAUAUCCAUUUUAAAUUAGAUACUCUAAAGGAUGUGAUACAGUUAAUUCAUCCACACUGUUUUAUCAUUACCAUGGAUCUUAAAGAUGCUUAUUUUUCAGUUUUUAAGCCAGAGGAUAGAAAAUGGUUACAGUUUAUGUGGAAAGAUCAGUUCUUUCGUUUCACUUGUCUACCACAAGGUUUGACGUCAGCCCCUCGUAUUUUUACGAAAUUACUGAAGCCUGCCCUAUCGCAUCUUAGAAAACGUGCAAUAUUGGUUGUAUGCUAUCUGGAUGACUGUAUUUUCAUUGCAGAGUCGGAAGAGGAAUUAACAAGGGAUGCACACUAUGCCAUGCAGUUUUUUGACUCUGGGGCUCACGAUAAAUGUCAAGAAAUCAGUUCUGGAACCCACACAGGAAAUUACUUUUCUUGGGGUUGUGCUGAACUCUGUUGCUAUGACGGCCGCUUUGCCUCCUGUUAAGAAAGACCGCAUAAAGACGCAAGGUCGGCUUCUAUUGAAGGGAGAAGUUACCUUGCUUGACUUGUCCUCUUUCAUUGGUUUGGCCGUGGCCUCGGAUCCUGCUAUAGAAUUGGCCCCACUUAGAUACAAAUAUCUCGAAAUUUUUCGUAACAGAACUUGCCAGAUACCAUGGAAAUUAUAAUUCAAAAAUUAUUCUGGAUGAUCAUGCCCGGGAAUUAAUCCAAUGGUGGAUUGAAAGUGUAGAUUAUCAGGUUAAAUCAUUACGAUCCUCUUCCCCCCAACUGGUUAUGUUCUCGGAUGCUUCCCUUACAGGUUGGGGUGCAGUCAUGGGAGACGUUAAGACAGGUGGUCACUGGGCGUAUAGGGAGUUGAAUCAUAUCAACUGCUUAGAAUUAAAAGCCAUUCUAUUGGGUUUAAAGUCCCUUUGUAAAGAAAAAAAAAAAAAAAAUAAA